AUGUCGUCGUCACAACAAACAAACCUGCCGCUUCCGCAGUACUAUGCCAAGACGCUCCAAUCGCUCUUGCCAAUCUUUGACGACUCGCUCCCGCUCUCCGAGCCCAGCACGCAGGCGCAGCUCGCCAAGGCGACCGACGACCUGUACCUCAUCUCGCGCAUGCUCACCUCGCUCGGCGUCUUUUCGGACAAUGAGGGCCUGGACGAGCUGGGCGACCGCGAGCUCGUGUUCAUGACUGUCCCCUGGGUGCUGGGCGAGGCCGAGGCAAAGGGCGGUCUGGGAGGCUACCCGGACCGCAUCGCCGCGCUGAGGCGCAGCGACACGGCGUUCAACGCGUUCUUGGGUCUCUUGCAGACGUACAACGUCUUCGGGUCGGACGAGCAGGCCGAGGGGUCGAGCUCAACCGCGCCCGGUGCGGUCCCUUCUGACCCGGGACAGCGCCGCGAGGCCAAGAUUCGCGCGUACCGCCGUGAGAAGGAGCUCAAGGAGCGCAUCUCCGCCGCGCUUCCGGACCACCCAGAGCCGUCGUCCAGCCCAUUGACGUUUGUCCUUUCGUUGCUGCCCAACGAGACCGGCGCGUCCUCGACAUCAGUCAACGAGGAGGAGCCCGACCUGCGCAACGCCUGCAUCCAGGUCUUGCAGCUGUUGCAUUCGCUCACGACGACGACACUGGGCAACACUGCUAUGGAGCUGAGUAUUCUCUCGCAGGCUCCCUCCGAGCCCACGAGCGGACCGAUCGAGGACCCGAGGACAAGGAGGCAAGAGACCGAGGACGCCCAGUGGCGACUGGACCGCACACCGGGGUCGUACAAGCCCAAGGAGCUCAUCUCGGGUGGCGGCAAGGUCCUGCGUCCAUUCACAAUCUUGCCGAGCACGACGGCACUCAGCGACCGUGAACGCCUCCGCUCCGAGGUGUUCCGCGCCUCGCACCGCCUGCCGACCAUGACGAUUGACGAGUACCUGGCCGAAGAGGACGCCAUGGGCAACAUUAUCCGUGGUGGAGGGCAAGCAAGUUAUGACGCCCCUACUGAGUCGGAAUUGCUCGAGCUGGAAGCGGAGAAUGACGGCACAGCCGCUGGCGCAGAGGCUGCCGAGAAGAGGCGGGCCAAGACUGAGAACUGGGCUCAGUACACGGACGAUAACAAAAAGGGUGCCGGCAACACCAUGAACCGCGGCUAG